CCACAUUCAUUGUUGCUACUGGCUGUUUUUAGCAGAUGGCUGGAACCACGCAAAGUUGAUUUGUGGCGAGUGAUUUCGAAGCGUUUGUACAUGCCGAUUAUAAAAUCUUGAUAAGCAGUUCGUACCUGCACAUGAGCUAUGUAUUAUGCUCAUGAACAUUUAAUGAGACCAUUUUUCUGCAUAAAGUCAUUUAUAUAAAGGAAAUUUGCUUGAUUAUUAUGCGGUAACUGCGGCUUGUACGCCAAUCACAAAACAAAAGACUACACGUUGAUGCUCGGCAUCAUUGGAUCUUUUUUGUGAACAUGUAGCGUUUAAAUUGUUUGGAAGUUAAUGAAAUUUAAUAUCAAGCACUGCUGAAGUUUGUAGUUGAUCGUCGCAAGGCCUAGACACAAAGAUGCCUCGUGUUCGGCGAGCAGUGACUUUGGCAGAUGACUCACGAAUCUUGGCUACUCCUGAUAUGGCUUCUACAAAGCUGGGUUCAAGAGGAUAUAUGGAGGUCAGUAAUAAUGGUGAUGUCACUGUGGCACAAUCACAAUCACAUCAUGGCCUGACACUAAUCAGUCCAUCAUCAUACCAUUUACUUGAUCAUGAAUAUGGUCAGACACCUCAACACCAGAUCAUUCGAAGACCUACCACAGCUCCACCAAGGACUGAGGCGGUGAAACGGCGCUUAAACCUUGAAGCAUCUCCUGCCAGCGAAGAGGGAUUCAAGACUCCUCGUUCCACCAAAAGAAUACGCACUGUCUCCAAUUCCAGUGGGGCCUCAACUUUAAACUCCAGUCCCGCAUCAAAAGCUGUGUUGCGUAAACCUGUGGAGAGGACACGAUAUGACACUUCUUUAGGUCUGUUAACCAAGAAGUUUGUUGGUCUACUCCAGUCAUCGCCAGAUGGAGUAGUAGACCUGAACGUAGCUUCUGAGUGCCUUGAUGUACAGAAAAGACGAAUUUAUGACAUCACGAAUGUGCUUGAGGGGAUUGGCAUUUUAGAGAAGAAAUCUAAGAAUAAUAUUCAGUGGAGGGGUGGUCAGAUUCCUUGUGAUACAGGUGGUAUGUCAGCUGGCAGUCUGCAGAGUGAUAUCGAAGAUCUUGAAGCCAAAGAAAACAUGCUGGAUCAGCUGAUUACAAAUGCUGAAUGUAACUUGCGGCAGCUGAGUGAAGACAAGCGGUAUGCCUACAUAACAUACCAGGACUUGCGAGGUAUUUCCGAGUACAAGCAUCAGACUAUCAUGGCCAUCAAGGCACCACCAGAGGCGAAAUUGCAAGUGCCUCAUCCCAGUCAAGGCUUACAGAUGUAUAUGAAGAGUGAAAAUGGCGAAAUAGAGGUAUUCGUAUGCCGCGACGAAUCACAAUAUCAUGGAAAUAGUGAUGACACUUCGAGAACUACAAAUGAACCUAUACCUUCAUGUUCUGCAGUUGGUGCUGUUGAGUAUGUUCAUCAACAAACAAUAUCUGUUAGUAGUACAUCUGAGUCAGUAGUGUGUUAUAAUACUACCGAAGAUUCUGCUGUUACUCGUCCAAGCAGUCAUACGGAUCUGGAACAAACUCAGAUAUCACAGAGUUUUGUGAUAAAAGAUGAACCGGUGAGCGAAGACGUAGAAACCGUAUCAGUACUUUCUAGGAUACAUAAUGUGCUGAUAUCAGAGCCAGAUGACUUUGAACCAAUGGGUGGUGGAAGGUUUCAGCUGCAGACUGAAGAUCAACACAACAGUCAUAUUUCAGAGAGUGACUCUGUUAUUGACAUAUCAGGAUUGUCCAGUCAUGGCUCAUUCAGCAGUGAACCCUUCCUCACCCUUGAGCCUCCGUUGUCUGAAUCAGAUUACAGCUUCAGUUUGGGUGAUGAGGAAGGACUUACUGAUCUCUUUGACUUUACAUUCUGAGAAAUGAAUCUACAAGCCAGCUGUGCCAGAAUGAACAAGAGAAGAAAGCAGUGUUAUUCUUGUUGGCAGAAGAAAGCAGUGUUAUUCUUGUUGGCAGUCGAUACAGAUAUCAGAGGUGCAGCACAAAGCGUAACUGUUACCAGGUUGUCCGAUAGUACCUGUGGUUGAGGUGUGAAUGAGUUGCAGUAUUCUGUGUGAAAUGUGUUUGCCAUGUUAAACAAUUCAGUGGAUCUUAUAAAUCAUGAAUGGGAAAGAAAAAAAAUAAGUGUCCAAGUGCUUGUCUCGGUUCCAUUACAAAUAAUUUGGUUAAUUAUUUUUCUUUACAUCUGAAUUUUGAGGGUCAGCAUUUUAUCACUGUGGCAUCGAGGAUUCCUGCUUUCAUAAAUUAAUGGACUCAAGUCAGAUAUUUUGUAAGGCCAGGUAUCAGUUUCUCAUAGAGUUAAGUUACAUAACUGCUAUAGAGGGUUAUUACAAAUUAUAUUUCCAAUUUUGACAUUUUGUAUUAAAUAAUCUAAACUACUCAUAUUAAACCAGAGUUUAUUGCCACUUGUAGGUUUUGGAUAGGAGAAGAUAGGUCACUCCACACACACAUGAAAUGAUAAUCAAGUUCAAUCCACACAGUGUACAACAUUUGGACGUCAGCUAAUUCACUAGCACCUUGAAUUCUGAGUUUACCGAGGUUUCAGGGCAUUGACAGACUCCUGGAAAUAUCCUGUGAAGUUUCAUCUAUGAGGUCACUGUAGAUCCAUCUCUGUCAAGCCAUCUAAGCAAGUGAUCCUCAUAGAGUUUGGAUUGCUGUUCUGGAUAAGUGAAAGUUAGCUUUGUCACAGAUUGCAACACUGGGAAGAAAAUUUUCAUUGUUGGAAAUUUUUAUCAUAAUUAUGCCACAGAAAGUGAAGCAUUUGCCAUUAUUCAUUUUGAUUUCUUAUAAUAAAAUUUGAAAAUUGUAGUUUGUCAUUUGAAAAUGCUUCCUUACAAUCUUCCAGAUUGUUGGCUGAAACUGCAGAACUCAGCUCGCUGUCUGCAAAUGUGUUACUAUUUUUGGUGCACCACAAGUCGCCAGCUUUUUGCGCAGUAGGCAUGUUACAUUACAAACUUUGAAUGUCAGUUAAACCUUCAGUGCUGUGGGCAGCUUAAUUUAUUGAAAAUAAAUUGUCAAAGGUACAAAAAUAAUUUGUAACAACUCUUGUAUAUCAACUAGAUAAGGAGUAGAUAGCACUAUGGUGAUUAUUUCCUCUUUAUGCUGAGUUGUCGAACGUCUGGCAUGUUAAGCUUUUAUCAUUGAGGAUCUUCGAUUGUUACUUGAAAGGAAGGUUUCGACUAUUUUCUGGUGAAUAUAUUUGUGAUGGUAAUGGAAAUUUCCAUAGUCUGCAAUGAAUAAUUUGUAAUAAUGUUACAACUUUAACUGUUCCUUACAUUGUUACAUAGUCUUCAAUGGCUACUUGGCACCGCUUGCUAAAUAUUUAUUUUUCUGUGUUUUAAUUAAUGCAUGUAGUUUCAAAUUUAUGCAUUGGUGCAUAACAUUUAUUCUUUAGAUUAUAAUUGUACUCUCAGUUUCUAUAUGCCAACAAGAGGAUACUGUUGCAAAAAUUUAAUAUUGCCUUUGGUUUUUAUAAUUUUGUGUGUGGAGGGGCUUAUGUGUAGUAGUUUUGGUCGAGUUUUAAAUGCAGCAUCCUGUGUUACAAUUUAGUGUCUUGUGUCCCAUGAAUCAUGAUUUUUACUAAUCUGAUCCAGCUAUUAAAACUGAAUGUGGGGGCUAAGGAACUGUGUAAUGGCUCUAUUAGUUGUUAAAUUGACAGUCGAUCUACACAAUAAGUUUCAUGAUUAUAGUUUCAAUGUUUAUUAAAAUUCAUUACAUGUUAAUGGUUUUCAGGUAAGAUAUUACAAUAUUUAUUCUGCAAGUGAUACUAAAUUCAUUCCUACACUCUGUGGGCAAAUAGUUAUUGGUUAUUAAAGCUGGUGGUUCAUCUAGUUAUCACUGGGCUGUAAAAGGUCAAUAUUGUCUUGUUCUGAUCUGUAUGUAAAGUUGCAAGUAGCAACUAUUUUGAUGGCCAUAUUAGUUUAUUUUAACAGUUUGUGGAUUUUCCAACAUAUUUUAAUGGAUUUAUUGAUCCUCAGUAUUCUUGAUGAUGAGUGAAUUUAAAAGUUGUUUCAUUAAAGGUGUGCCUGUUGAACAGAAUGUGAAGAUAGCCACAGCUGCCCUCGGACGUGAUGAUUGAUUGCCGUGCAUGUGUGAAUGCUGUCAUGUAAUUAACUUUCAUUGUCUAGCCAUAGGUGCCUGUUAAUGUACAAUAUGGUACAUUACAUUUAUGAGGUCAGAAGUAAUAUAUUUGUUGCAUUGGAAUGAAGAAGAAAAUGUUUCAUUUAGUUUCUUUUAAGUGGUUAAUCUUGCCAACAACAUUCGUACUAGGACUCUGUUAUAUUACAUACAAAUUUGAUCUGAAGGUUGACAGAUUUAAUAUUGUACAUAUUUCACAUUACCGUUCUAGAUCAUGGAUUAAUGAUGUGUUUUAUGUCAGUCACUUAAUCUGAAUGUACAAGUAUUUCUGAGUUAUGGGUUGCCAUUUUAGUUAUAUAUUUGUUCACAGUAGGUGGACAUGUGUAGUUCAUGUUUUUGAUCUGUUUUAAGUUGUUUUCAUUUGUUAUGUAAUUAUUAACAUUCAUUAUCCACAUGAAGCAUCUUAUAUGCAGACCAGCUAGCCAUGCGCUCACUGACAUAUUGCUAAGCCGUUACAGUGGCCGUGUAAUACAGGAAUUAAAUUUCCUGUUCCUGGAUGACACGUUAAUGGUAUGUGUGUGAAUGAUGGUGGUGAUGAUGAUGAUGAUGAUGAUGAUGUGGCUGACUGGUGGAACAGUGUCAUAUCAAACUAUAGCUUGCCAUGAAACUGUUAACAUUAUUGUGCUCUUUGAUUGGGAGUUUUAAAAUAGUAGUGGUAGAAACUGGUAUUUCCUAUUCUGAUUUAUGCCAGUGGAACAUUCACUGUUUUGAUGUUGACUCAGCAUAUCAGUAUUUUAGUUAGAAUAGUAUAUUUACAAAAGUAAUUCCCUUCUGCAUCAUUAGCAGGUGUUACAACAAUUUUGGAAUUUGCGUAUUGUUAAACUUUGUUGUUGCUUCUGUCUCCCACCUGUAGAAUACCCGUAAUAUUGCAUUUCCUGUGGCAUAUUAAGAAAUAAUUUUUGAUGAAGUAAAAUUAUGAAAUAUGAUUUACCAAAAUAGGGUUUGAUGAUUUGUUAAUUCAUGCAGUUUUAUGAUGUUCCAUUAAUUGUGCUUCUUUUUGUGUCAUGGGCUAACUUAUACUUGUUUUCCUCUUUCUCUUAAGUUCAUAACCAUUUCGAACUUUAACUGACAAAUGAAACAGGAGGCAGACAUAUGAGUUACCAGCAUCUGCACAUGUUGACAUAACAUAUUUAAAGGUCAGAGCCUUACCAAAGGCCUGUGUGCAAUUAUAAAUUAAUUCUCUAAUAGGUGACUCUCAUUUCCAAAUCUCUGAUUCAUUAGGGUUUUACAAUUUUAAUUGUUAUGUCGUCUUCCUUCAGUGUUCUACUACAGUGGACACAUCUUUGACUCUGCCCAUCACAUUUAUUUGGCUGUCUGGUUCAGGUAGUCAUCCUGUAAAUGUGCAGUUGGGUAUUCAGGGGCCCCAAAUUUGAUUCUCAGCCUGGUUAUUGUCCAGAUCAUUCUCCCUAAAUCCCUCCACGCAAAUACUGGCCAUGAUGCACCAUCCAUAGGCAUACUGUUUAAUAAUGUAUAAACUGUGCAGUUGAUGAAGCUUUUGUAAAUAUAAUUUACAAGCAGACAUUUGUCAGUUGCCAUUUCCAAACGUGCUUCGUCAGACUUACCUGUUUUACUGUGUUUGGUGCAAGUGUGCCUUAAAAUAUUCAUAUAAGUGCCAUUAAAGACAAAUUAUUUCAGUUGAGUCUUGAUACAUGGGAACCAUCCAUGUUGGAUGUGGUAGUAACCUCACUCAGAACUUUAAUUCAUGCAUAAUUGGGUCUUUCAUGAACUCAGAUUAGUGUGGGUCAUAUAUGCAUUAAUGGUUGUCUUCAAAGGCAUAUUAACAUACUUACGACCUGUUGUGCUCCAAGUCACUAACAUAAACAUAUUUUUAUGCAAUAUGCAGAUUGAAGUGAUUUAUGCUGUGAGCUGUGAUGUUGAUAUACAGGGUCUGACAGAGAAGACUGACUUAUUUUCAUUUAAGAAUAAAUUCAGUUUGAGUGAAUAACAUAACUGACACAUUAAAAUGACAGAAAUCUUGGAAAUUAAGUCUGAUACAUACGCUGUUCACUUUUUGGAAGUGACUGCAGUAAAUGCUUUAUAAGUAUGCAGCUCUUCAGAUAACCCCACAAUAAAUAGUUUAGGGCUGACAAAUUAGGACAUCUACAUGGCCAGUUUAAAUCACCAAAUUAUGAGAUCAGUUUAUGCAGAACCUUUUCAUGCAGCUUCUCCAUACUUAUUUGUGCAAUGUCUAAAUUUCAGAGCUGUUUUGUAUAUUUUUAAUUCUGAAGUAAAUUGUGUUUAACUGCAUUAUUUCAAACUCAUGUUAUUUUUAAAUUAACUGUUCAUGUUGCAUGCUGUGUAUAUAAACAUGUUAAAUUGUUUUGAUAUUACGUUAUCAUUGUAAAUUCUGCUUAACAUUGGUACUUUUACCCAUAAUUAUCCCCCUUUUUUAAAAAAAAAUCAUGUUCGUCAUACGUCACCUGGGUUGGAAUUUGUGAAUUGACGGUCUGAAAGUAAUAAAAACACUUGGGGUAUCUUUUGAUAUUUAAUCUAUGUUAUGUGUUUUUCAUGCCAGAGCAUAGUUCAGUUUGUUUAUAUCAAAUAAAUGUCAUCAGACAUCGUGAAAAGGCUUUACAUAGGCAUUGAAAUCAAAUUUUGAUUGAUGUAUUUGCCUUAACAUUUGUGUGAAGAGUGCAAGUCUUGAAGCUCUUCAUAGUGUAAAUGUCUUCCUUGUCUACUGCCAUUUUUGUUUAUAAAAACUAUAAGUUAUAAUGUCAUAAAAUUCCUCUAUGUAUUACUUCUUUCUACUGAGUUGCAUCUUCUUUAUUUGGGUUUCAUUAGUGUGCAAUAGCUGAGAUGACUCAACAGGUCAAAAAUAAUUUAUUCGUGGCUACAUAACGUUAUACAUGUCCAUUUCCUGAAUAUCCUUUACUGCUGUUAUUCAAAAAGGAACACUUUUUCCAGAUAUUGUUUAUUUCUGUUUGAAUAUAUAUUUAAGAUUUAAACUACACAUCAGUGGUUAGUGUGAAUCUGAACAGCAUUUACUGCAUUUGAGGCUCAUGUUAAAAGAAAAUUACUUGUGAUGUUUGACAGCAAUAGUUAAUAUGAGAAAUGUGUGGACAGGAACAUGUCACCUUAAUAUUAAUAACAUUCAUUAAGGAAACAAAAAAUAAUUUUUACCCUCAAUUACCUUGAAAUGUGUAUGGAAUACCCCAUGAAGUGUAUUUUGUAUCUUACUGAUAUAUUACAGACUAGAAGAGUGUAGGUAUUAUUAGAAUUGAAUUGGGGGGGGGGGGGGGGAAAAAUUGCCUCAGGCACUGAGACCACUGCUGGGUCUAUUUUGAACCCCUUAUCCUGUUAGGGGGGCCUUCAGAGAGCCCUGACUGCACUGCUAGAUCCAGUACCCACAGGAAUGUAGGUAGACAGCCAUAAUAGUAACUUGGGUAUUUUCAUCUGUUUUAGACAUAAAUAUUUUUUUUAUAUCAUAGUCUUGCUAUGAGACUGCAUACUUUUCAGUUGUAUUUAUGUCCAGUGAAACAAGAUGUGAUGCCUUAAUCUGUACCAAAGUGUUUGUGAACAACCCUUUCAUUGAUUGUCAUCCAUUGCAAUCACCAUCAGCCUGUGUGUGUUGUAUUUUGAGUGAUUAUCAUGAAAGAUUUUUAUACUUGGAGCACCCAUUGUAUUUAUACAUUUUAUUGAUAUUUGUGUUAAUGUAAUUUCAUUGAGAAUGUCAGUUAAUCUGUUGUAAUUAACUUAUAAUUUUAGCACAUUUAGCCUCAGACAUUUGCACUUUACAUGUAUGUUUAACAAUAUACAGUUUUAAAAAGUCUUCAAAGCCAGAAAGUUUUGAAUUUGAAGAUUCUUGUGAUAUUUCAAUGAACAGUAAUAACAGCCUUAAGGAAUCUGCUAUACAGAAUAUCAGUACUCUAAACUUUAUUGCUGAAGGUAAUCUUGUAUUGUACUUUAAAUAAACAAUGAAACAGCAUCUGUAAUGCAA